UGCACGUCUCUAACAUUAAUUUGAAAAUGCUAAAUAGUUGUGAUUUGUGACUUAUCAAUUAUAUUCAAAUGAUAUAAGGAAUAUCAAAUACAUAACUAAAAUAACAAGUAAAUGUCUACAAAACUAUAUGUUACUAGUGUUUGUGCAGUGUAAUUCAUUUUAAUUAUUACUGAUAGUCAAAUAUGUGCCGUCUGCGUUCAUGAUGAAGCCGUUCGGUAGCGGGCCCACCGUCAAUGGAUAUGUUAUGAUGUACAUGUCUAGAUGGAAGCGAUUCGCGGUUGUGCUGCUGCUGAUAUGGAUCGCUGUUACGUAUCUCGUUAUAUCGCCACUGAGAUGCGAAGGAGGCACAGAAGAUGUUUCGGAGUUCCAAAAUAGAUUAAGAACGGUGUCGAUGCAAUUAGAAUCUCUCAAAAUUCAGCACAAUAAACUUAUUUCUCAGGUUAAGAAAUCCGUAGGUCUGAAUCCCAAUCUCAAAGAUAUAGACACGGGUUCGCUUUUCGAUUCCGUGGGAGGACCUUCAGAGGAAUAUGAGAAUCUCAGGAGGAGGGUGUUUUCAAAUACGAAGGAAAUGUGGUAUUUUAUCAACCAUGAGCUGACGAAACUUAAGAAAGGUGAUAUUAAAGCAGAGAAGUUGCCUGAAAUUUUGGACCAAAUUGAACAUAGAAAAAGCUUUAUACUGUCAGACCAACAGAAGCUCCCAGAGUUAGAUGGAUACCAGGAUUGGAGGCAACAGGAAGCUGCCAAUGUCAGUGACCUGGUGCAAAAAAGGCUUAAGUACCUUCAAAAUCCGAGUAAUUGUAGGGACGCUAGAAAAGUUAUAUGCAACUUGAAUAAGGGCUGUGGCUUCGGGUGCCAGCUUCAUCACAUAGUGUACUGCCUGAUUUUCGCGUACGCCACGGAGAGGACCUUGAUCCUCAACUCUAAGGGAUGGCGAUACAACACAAAGGGCUGGGAGUAUGUCUUCUAUCCGAUUUCCGAAAGCUGUCUCACGGCGUAUGAUGAUAAAGUCAUUCAAUGGCCAGCCAACUACGAUCCAAAAGUUGUGUCUCUGCCCUUCAUAGACUCCAUCUCACAGAAGCCCAAAUUUCUACCGCUCGCAAUACCCACAGAUCUGGCACAUCGUAUAGUCCGCUUCAACGGUGACCCAUCUUCGUGGUGGAUCGGUCAAAUGCUCAAGUACGUGCUCAAGCCGAAGCCAGCGAUGCAAAAGGCUAUCAACGAGACGAUCGCUAAGAUGCACUUUAUGCGGCCUAUUGUUGGCGUUCACAUUCGUCGCACGGACAAAGUAGGCACAGAGGCGGCCUUUCACAGUAUUGACGAAUAUAUGGUCCACGUUAGGCAAUAUUAUGACCAGUUGCAAUUAACUCAACACGUCGACGUCAGAAGAGUGUAUUUGGCCAGUGAUGAUGCUAAUGUGUUAGGAGACGCUCGCUCAAAGUACCCGGACUACGAGUUCUUGGGUGACCCGUCUAUAGCCAAAACGGCCGCUACGCACCGUAGAUACACGCCCGUAUCACUCACAGGACUAUUGGUAGAUCUGCACAUGCUGGCCAUGAGUGAUUAUAUUGUUUGCACGUUUAGUAGUCAAGUCGGCCGUGUAGCGUAUGAAAUGAUGCAGACGAACAGAGUGGACGCAUCUGAUAGUUUUUACUCUUUGGACGAUAUUUAUUACUUCGGGGGUCAAAACGCUCACAAUCGCCGCGCUAUUAUGAACCAUACCCCGCGGUCCAAUCAGGAGAUCGCAUUUCAGGCGGGAGAUCUGAUAGGAGUGGCUGGGAACCAUUGGAAUGGUUUCGGCCGAGGGACCAAUAAAAGAACUAACAUGAAUGGCCUAAUCCCGUGGUACAAAACGGCUGACCACUUAGUGCUUUAUCCUUUCCCCGAGUACAAACACGCAAACGAACAUCAGAAUGAGUUAUAGGUGUUUUAUAAGUACAGUCAGCAAGUUAAAUGAUUAAUUUAUUACAAUAUUUAUAUAGUUCAAUGGUUUAAGUGCUUUUUUGUGAAGUCAGAAAAAAAUGACAUUUUUUUAUGAAUAAAUAGAAAUAAAUCCAAAAUGGCGGCGUUAAUUGCUUGAACAAGGUUGGUAUGGCCUAGUUUUCUAUUUUAAUAUUAAUUUUAAUUAUAUACAUGGUUUUGUUGUUUUAUAAUUUUUGUUGCUGACUGUACGUAGCCGAUUAAACCCAUGUUGUUAAUAUUAUUAAUGAAUUUAUUCGAAUAAGCCUAGUAAUUUGUAAAAACAUUUAAGACGGUGUUAUCGGGGUUCCUAUAUUAAAACUACGGAUCUCAAUCAAUCGUUUUUGUAAUAAGCUUAUUUGCUGUCUCUAUCCGGACAGUUCAGGAAAGUUCUGUGUAGUCUUGCGUUGGUCUUUUCUUCCUAUAACUUUAAUUAAGUAUCGUUAUUGGAAGUAAACUUAGGGGUAAAAUUCAGACUCAAGAUUUAGCGAGACUUAAGUAUGACAAAACUGAAUUUUGAUAUACUGGAGUCUGGAGAAUUUUGAUAUGUUAAGAGACUGUGUGGCCUGUUCUGGUUGUAAGGCGGUCUGAUGUCUCUGUCUAUAUUAUACCAACUGAAAGAGAUAGCUGUAUGUUAAGAGACUGUGUGGCCUGUUCUGGUUGUAAGGCGGUCUGAUGUCUCUGUCUAUAUUAUACCAACUGAAAGAGAUAGCUAUAUGUUAAGAGACUGUAUGGCCUGUUCUGGUUGUAAGGCGGUCUGAUGUCUCUGUCUAUAUUAUACCAACUGAAAGAGAUAGCUAUAUGUUAAGAGACUGUAUGGCCUGUUCUGGUUGUAAGGCGGUCUGAUGUCUCUGUCUAUAUUAUACCAACUGAAAGAGAUAGCUAUAUGUUAAGAGACUGUAUGGCCUGUUCUGGUUGUAAGGCGGUCUGAUGUCUCUGUCUAUAUUAUACCAACUGAAAGAGAUAGCUGUAUGUUAAGAGACUGUGUGGCCUGUUCUGGUUGUAAGGCGGUCUGAUGUCUCUGUCUAUAUUAUACCAACUGAAAGAGAUAGCUGUAUGUUAAGAGACUGUGUGGCCUGUUCUGGUUGUAAGGCGGUCUGAUGUCUCUGUCUAUAUUAUACCAACUGAAAGAGAUAGCUGUAUGUUAAGAGACUGUAUGGCCUGUUCUGGUUGUAAGGCGAUCUGAUGUCUCUGUCUAUAUUAUACCAACUGAAAGAGAUAGCUGUAUGUUAAGAGACUGUGUGGCCUGUUCUGGUUGUAAGGCGGUCUGAUGUCUCUGUCUAUAUUAUACCAACUGAAAGAGAUAGCUGUAUGUUAAGAGACUGUGUGGCCUGUUCUGGUUGUAAGGCGGUCUGAUGUCUCUGUCUAUAUUAUACCAACUGAAAGAGAUAGCUAUAUGUUAAGAGACUGUAUGGCCUCUUCUGGUUGUAAGGCGAUCUGAUGUCUCUGUCUAUAUUAUACCAACUGAAAGAGAUAGCUGUAUGUUAAGAGACUGUGUGGCCUGUUCUGGUUGUAAGGCGGUCUGAUGUCUCUGUCUAUAUUAUACCAACUGAAAGAGAUAGCUAUAUGUUAAGAGACUGUAUGGCCUGUUCUGGUUGUAAGGCGAUCUGGUGUCUCUGUCUAUAUUAUACCAACUGAAAGAGAUAGCUAUAUGUUAAGAGACUGUAUGGCCUGUUCUGGUUGUAAGGCGGUCUGAUGUCUCUGUCUAUAUUAUACCAACUGAAAGAGAUAGCUAUAUGUUAAGAGACUGUAUGGCCUGUUCUGGUUGUAAGGCGAUCUGUUGUCUCCGUCUAUAUUAUACCAACUGAAAGAGAUAGCUGUAUGUUAAGAGACUGUAUGGCCUGUUCUGGUUGUAAGGCGAUCUGGUGUCUCUGUCUAUAUUAUACCAACUGAAAGAGAUAGCUAUAUGUUAAGAGACUGUAUGGCCUGUUCUGGUUGUAAGGCGAUCUGGUGUCUCUGUCUAUAUUAUACCAACUGAAAGAGAUAGCUGUAUGUUAAGAGACUGUAUGGCCUGUUCUGGUUGUAAGGCGAUCUGGUGUCUCUGUCUAUAUUAUACCAACUGAAAGAGAUAGCUAUAUGUUAAGAGACUGUAUGGCCUGUUCUGGUUGUAAGGCGAUCUGUUGUCUCCGUCUAUAUUAUACCAACUGAAAGAGAUAGCUAUAUGUUAAGAGACUGUAUGGCCUGUUCUGGUUGUAAGGCGAUCUGUUGUCUCCGUCUAUAUUAUACCAACUGAAAGAGAUAGCUAUAUGUUAAGAGACUGUAUGGCCUGUUCUGGUUGUAAGGCGAUCUGGUGUCUCUGUCUAUAUUAUACCAACUGAAAGAGAUAGCUAUAUGUUAAGAGACUGUAUGGCCUGUUCUGGUUGUAAGGCGAUCUGUUGUCUCCGUCUAUAUUAUACCAACUGAAAGAGAUAGCUAUAUGUUAAGAGACUGUAUGGCCUGUUCUGGUUGUAAGGCGAUCUGUUGUCUCUGUCUAUAUUAUACCAACUGAAAGAGAUAGCUAUAUGUUAAGAGACUGUAUGGCCUGUUCUGGUUGUAAGGCGGUCUGAUGUCUCUGUCUAUAUUAUACCAACUGAAAGAGAUAGCUAUAUGUUAAGAGACUGUAUGGCCUGUUCUGGUUGUAAGGCGAUCUGGUGUCUCUGUCUAUAUUAUACCAACUGAAAGAGAUAGCUAUAUGUUAAGAGACUGUAUGGCCUGUUCUGGUUGUAAGGCGAUCUGGUGUCUCUGUCUAUAUUAUACCAACUGAAAGAGAUAGCUAUAUGUUAAGAGACUGUAUGGCCUGUUCUGGUUGUAAGGCGGUCUGAUGUCUCUGUCUAUAUUAUACCAACUGAAAGAGAUAGCUGUAUGUUAAGAGACUGUGUGGCCUGUUCUGGUUGUAAGGCGGUCUGAUGUCUCUGUCUAUAUUAUACCAACUGAAAGAGAUAGCUGUAUGUUAAGAGACUGUGUGGCCUGUUCUGGUUGUAAGGCGGUCUGAUGUCUCUGUCUAUAUUAUACCAACUGAAAGAGAUAGCUGUAUGUUAAGAGACUGUGUGGCCUGUUCUGGUUGUAAGGCGGUCUGAUGUCUCUGUCUAUAUUAUACCAACUGAAAGAGAUAGCUAUAUGUUAAGAGACUGUAUGGCCUCUUCUGGUUGUAAGGCGAUCUGAUGUCUCUGUCUAUAUUAUACCAACUGAAAGAGAUAGCUGUAUGUUAAGAGACUGUGUGGCCUGUUCUGGUUGUAAGGCGGUCUGAUGUCUCUGUCUAUAUUAUACCAACUGAAAGAGAUAGCUGUAUGUUAAGAGACUGUGUGGCCUGUUCUGGUUGUAAGGCGGUCUGAUGUCUCUGUCUAUAUUAUACCAACUGAAAGAGAUAGCUGUAUGUUAAGAGACUGUGUGGCCUGUUCUGGUUGUAAGGCGGUCUGAUGUCUCUGUCUAUAUUAUACCAACUGAAAGAGAUAGCUAUAUGUUAAGAGACUGUAUGGCCUCUUCUGGUUGUAAGGCGAUCUGAUGUCUCUGUCUAUAUUAUACCAACUGAAAGAGAUAGCUGUAUGUUAAGAGACUGUGUGGCCUGUUCUGGUUGUAAGGCGGUCUGAUGUCUCUGUCUAUAUUAUACCAACUGAAAGAGAUAGCUAUAUGUUAAGAGACUGUGUGGCCUCUUCUGGUUGUAAGGCGAUCUGAUGUCUCUGUCUAUAUUAUACCAACUGAAAGAGAUAGCUGUAUGUUAAGAGACUGUGUGGCCUGUUCUGGUUGUAAGGCGGUCUGAUGUCUCUGUCUAUAUUAUACCAACUGAAAGAGAUAGCUAUAUGUUAAGAGACUGUAUGGCCUCUUCUGGUUGUAAGGCGAUCUGAUGUCUCUGUCUAUAUUAUACCAACUGAAAGAGAUAGCUGUAUGUUAAGAGACUGUGUGGCCUGUUCUGGUUGUAAGGCGGUCUGAUGUCUCUGUCUAUAUUAUACCAACUGAAAGAGAUAGCUGUAUGUUAAGAGACUGUGUGGCCUGUUCUGGUUGUAAGGCGGUCUGAUGUCUCUGUCUAUAUUAUACCAACUGAAAGAGAUAGCUGUAUGUUAAGAGACUGUGUGGCCUGUUCUGGUUGUAAGGCGGUCUGAUGUCUCUGUCUAUAUUAUACCAACUGAAAGAGAUAGCUAUAUGUUAAGAGACUGUAUGGCCUCUUCUGGUUGUAAGGCGAUCUGAUGUCUCUGUCUAUAUUAUACCAACUGAAAGAGAUAGCUGUAUGUUAAGAGACUGUGUGGCCUGUUCUGGUUGUAAGGCGGUCUGAUGUCUCUGUCUAUAUUAUACCAACUGAAAGAGAUAGCUAUAUGUUAAGAGACUGUGUGGCCUCUUCUGGUUGUAAGGCGAUCUGAUGUCUCUGUCUAUAUUAUACCAACUGAAAGAGAUAGCUGUAUGUUAAGAGACUGUGUGGCCUGUUCUGGUUGUAAGGCGGUCUGAUGUCUCUAUCUAAAGUUCACUAACAGAAAGAGACAGUUAUAUUUUAAGGAACUGUUUGGGCUAUUAUAAACAAAUGUUUAAAUAAAUACCUAUUGAUUAGUAAAAAAAUAACAACGCAUGUCCGUAGUUUAAAUAUAGGAAGCCAUUUACGUCAAAAGGUGAUAGUUUUCUCCACUUUUUGAUUCAAUAAAAAAUUUCGAAUCUCAGAUUAAACUCAACAUUCCGUAAAUAGGCCGGCAACACAACACUCAGCUUUAUACAGACUAAAUCUUUGUUAUAUUUGACAUGUCUGGCACAACCAAACAACCAACCGUAAUUAAAAAUACAGAUGAUGACCUAUUUAACAUAUUACUAAUUAAAAAAUAUCUCUAAAUAAAUAAAUAAAAAAUUUAUGAUUAGAAAUAAUUACUGAAUUUUUUAUUGGUCAAAUCAUUACUCCACAGAUUAGUAAAAAAAGUAAUGUCAAACCAAAAACAAUAGAAGUCAUACAUCUGUCAUCAUGCUUCUGAAUAUCAUUCGGUAAACUUGGGUCAUUCCCCCUCAACUUUGACCGUCUCUGAAUCUCAGUCUCAGACUUACCCACAAAAAACAUUGUUUCAUGAGUGUCGCUAGCUGUCAAAAUGUCAGAUGUCAUAACUAAAUCGGUCUAAUUGCACACUUUUUUCCAAUUGUGUCUACGCUGUGGUCGAAAGAGUAUUAUAUUUUAUAUAGAACGCAGCAUUUAGACUAUAAUAUAUUUUAAUGAAUGGUUUUCCGUUCUUCAUUGGCAAGUGUUACAUGGCAGAACGCCUACGACCUCGGAGGGUCAAAUUAUCAAGGGAUUAAAGUCAAAAUUUGGAUUAUAUGUGUUGCCUGUGCCUACCCAAGUGUACCUGUUUUACAAUAGUAAACCUAUUUGAGAAACUACCAUAAUCAUACAUCAUAACCGAUUUGUAUAUUAAUUAAUCACUUUUCAUACUUUAAAGUACUAAAAUAUAUGAAAAAAAGUACUACUGCUCAAAGAUCUGCAUUUUGUGAUGUAUUUUACGUGUAUUGUAUACUGAAAAAGUACACUGCUUGUAAUGUGAUCGGCGUAAAUGAAUUUCGUGUGAUUUGGUAAGAUUUUUACGACCACUUUUAAAAUAAACCUAUCAGUAUUUUAUAUGACAACGGUUAUUUACAACAAACGUCAGGAACCGCACUAUUAAUGAGGUUAUCGUACAGUGCUAGAAUAUCUUGGAAUUUAUUAAAUUCGCUUAAAACAAAUUCUUAAGAGGCCAACGCACUCGCGAGCCCUCUGGCAUUGUGAGUGUCCAUGGGCGGCGGUAUCACUUAACAUCAGGUGAGCGUAUUUUAUUAAAAAAAACUUACGCUUACACUCAUUUUAUCACAAUUAUCCAAACUAACUUUAUCCAUAUUUGUAAUAUACUUAUGAACUGUUGAAAGAGAAGAUUUUAAAUUUACAAUUACAUUUCCCAACUCAAAGGCUAACUUCGUCUUUUAAUCGCCAAGUUUUGAGUCCUGGAAGAAUAGUAUCUAAUGUGAUAUUUAUUUUAAAACGUAGACUGACGAUUUAUCAAGUUAUAUGUCUUGUCUGUGAAAUUUAUAAUGAUUUGUCAAAUCCAUAAUUAGUUUUUCGUAGCUUUGGACCUGUUUCAAUUGUGUUGUUAUUAAUUUAAUAUUAAAUUCGUGUUCAUAGAUCUCAAUAAUCCUAUAACGUGGUCAUAUGGAGAAUUACUGUACAUGCCUAUGCAUCAAUGACAAGUGUGUACGUCAAUUAAAGAUAAAUACCAUGAAAAAACAAAUUUAUGUAUCGCACAAAUAUUUAUUUAUUUACACUCGUUGCCAUAAUGUACAAAAUCAUACAUAUAAAAUCAGGUAACAUAAGUAAUUAGCAACGGGCGUUAAUAAAUGUACAGUUAUAUCCGGAGGUCGUUACAAACGUAAAGAUACAGACACACAUCUAAGUUGUUAGUUAAAAUUUGUAACUGAAUCAUACAUUUAACUGUACACCCUUACAUACCUACUUAGAUAAUAUCUAUAACAAAAGUUCUCCACCCGAAUAAAGCUCUCUGUGAAUUUAAGAAGUUAGUUACAAAUGAUUCAUUAAUAACAGGCGGUACGAAGUCGGUACAUAUUUUGUUUUGACUCUCAAAUAUCACACAUGUUAAAACGAGGUUAAUCAUAUAUUUAAGAAAAAUUAAAAAAGGAUAUAUAGGUGUGAAAAUGACAUGAGAGUUUAGGAAGGCGUCAGUCCUCACAAUUGAGUAGCACGCAAUAUCGCACCACACAACUUUCGAGGGUUUUUUUUUGUAUUACGAAGUCACAAGUACGCAAAGUAUCUACGAAUAUACAAUGUAAAUACAUAAGUAUAAGCAACAUAUAGGAAAAUAACAGCCCAAAAGAAAAUAAUAAUAAUAAUAGCAAAUAAUUAACACUGGUUUCUUAAAAUGUCAACCACACACACUUUACAAUCUGUUAACUGCUAUAAUUAAGAUCGUAGUAAAUGGAAUCCACUGUAAUCUUCUUUUUUAACAUUGUGCCAAAGUUUGACAAUUGACAGCCACUGUAAUCAACCCAACUCUAUGCCAAUUUAUUGUAGUGUAUCUAUGAUCAUCCAUUACAAACAGUGUAUCGCGAUGUUUAGCCAAUAAUAAACAAAUAUAUAAAUUGUGUAACCACAGCCUUAUAGUGUUAAAGGAAUUUUCCUUAAAGCAAUAUUAUUUUAAUAUUCAGUUUUUAUCACAAACAUUGAUGUUAGCAAUUUUACCGUUUUAACCCAAUAAAAUUGUAUUUUAAUACC